GUUGUCUUCACUUCUCUCUCUCUCUCUCUCUCUAAAAUUAAUUAAUUUCCUUUCUUGUCCCUCUGCAACAAUAUCCACCGCAAAGCUCCUUCCUUUUGUUCUCCCCGUAGGAAUUCCUUUCUUGGACCGCUGGUGGGUUUUGAUGCGUUUGAGGUUGCAAUGUCUUUAGCCGUUGGAGCUCCUUCUAGCUGUUCUAAGGACAUGGGUUUGGACGAGAACAAAGAAUCCUCUGAUAAAGACGCGAGCUUGGAAGCUAAUAAUGGCGAGGGGAAGGUGGUGACCCAUAACAGAACGAUGAGUGAAACUUCCAAUUAUGGAACUGAAGAGGAGGACGAGGGAGAAGAAGGAAAAGUUUCGAAAUUGAUUGAUUUGGGGCCUCAGUUUAGCCUUAGACAGCACAUAGAGAAAGAUAAGGAUGAUGAGAGUUUGAGGAGAUGGAAGGAGCAACUCUUAGGAAGUGUGGAUUUGAACUCUGUUGGAGAAGUUUUGGAACCAGAGGUUAAGAUCCAGAAUCUUUCAAUACUCUCUCCUGGUAGAGAUGAUAUAGUCCUCCCGGUUCCUGUGGUGCCAAAUCCGAAGGGGGUGUGGUUUACUCUGAAGGAAGGGAGCCCUUAUAAGCUCAAGUUCUCUUUCUUAGUCAGCAACAAUAUUGUCUCUGGCCUGCGAUACACUAACACAGUUUGGAAAACUGGCGUCAAGGUGGAGAGUGCAAAAGAAAUGUUGGGUACCUUUAGUCCUCAGCUCGAGCCUUAUGUUUAUGAGACACCGGAAGAGACCACUCCAGCUGGAAUGUUCGCAAGAGGAUCCUAUUCAGCAAGAACCAGGUUUGUUGAUGAUGAUGGGAAAUGCUACUUGGAGAUCAAUUAUACGUUUGACAUCAAGAAAGAAUGGGCAUCAGCUGCCAGUUGAGGACACUAGCUUAUAUCAAGAGAUGGACUUUGUUGUUAUCAGGCAAUUUCUCUGCAAAUUUCCAUCUGAGAAAGGAAUCGAUAUUCUCUAUAGCAUGAACUUGUGAGUGAGAACUAGUAAUUGAGAUUUGUUCCUUAUGUAAUCCUUGAGAGCCUGUACGUUUUCAAUCAGUUGUACAUGAAUUGUUCAAUGGGGGACAGCUUAGGCAGUUGUCAGUUUCAGUUCUUUUUA